CUACUUUCCCUCAUUCACAGCGCUGACCUACAGCCAGUAUCCCCACGGAGGAUCUCACACCGCCGAGAGGAGCCCUCAGCCCCGUGGAGGGGGGAACGAGUACGCGGUCAGUGCGCAGGCUCCAGGCGGAAGACUGGGGGGGGUGCGGCUCCUGUCCGAUCUGAGGAAUGUGACACUCGGACGAGAAAGGAGGCCCGAGUCGAAGGCGGAGAGCGAACCGCCCGGUCGCUCCGGAGACAGCAGGGGGAACAAGUCGUGCUGCGAAGCGAAGGAGAGGCUUUUGACUUGACUUUCGACCACACCCAGUCCAACAAUGCCGCACCGGUCGCAGAGCUCAUCAGUUGGAGAUAAUCCCCUCGACCCAAACUAUCUGCCCCCACACUACCGCGAGGACUAUCGUCUAGCUAUCGAUGCUCUGCUGGAAAAAGACCAUCAGGGUUACUUUGAUUUCCUCCAGAAAUCGGAUUUGGCGGGCUUCCUGUCCUCGACUGAAAUCGAACACAUCAAGUCCACAGUCCAGGCACCCAGCCAGGCCUCUGGGGCCCCCGAGCUAACGUAUUAUGAGGGUGGACUGGAUGCAGAGGGCUCCUCGGACACCUACUGGCCAAUGCAGUCAGACUUGGCUGCACCGGGCCUGGACCUGGGAUGGCCGCUUUCACAGCACAGUUUCAUUGGACCCACGGAGGUCACAACCCUGGUCAACCCGUCUGAGCCAGAAAUGCCUAGCAUUAAAGAACAAGCUAGGAGACUCAUCAAGAAUGCACGCCAGGUUAUCGCAAUUGCAAUGGACAUGUUCACAGAUGUUGACAUUUUUUCUGACCUCUUGGAAGCAGCAGGACGCAUGGUGCCUGUUUACAUUUUAUUGGACGAGAAGGACGCGCCUCACUUUGUCGCUAUGGUUUUAAGCUGCAAAGUCAACCUGGAAUCAGUUCAUAUGAUGCGCGUCAGGACUGUCGCAGGAGUCACAUACUACUCACGGUCAGGAAAUACAUUUAAAGGACAGUUGAAGGAUCGUUUUCUCUUGACUGACUGCAGGGCUGUACUCAGUGGAAACUACAGUUUCAUGUGGUCAUAUGAGAAGAUCCACCGCUGCAUGGCACACCUCUUCCUUGGAGAACUAGUCACUACUUUUGAUGACGAGUUUCGAAUUCUUUAUGCUCAGUCAGAGCCUCUGGUCAUUGAUCAAUCCAUUGCUCUCGCUAUCCCCGAGCCGGCCACCAGCAGCUACAUGAACCCCCAGUUCGGUUUAAAGAGGUCGCAGUCUAUGCGUAACCCCAUCGGGUUCAGGAGACAGCCUGAGGUUUCCCCCGCCUUCCCCUACGGAGAGUUAGAUCGUAACUCCUCGCUGCCUUUCCGGAGGAAUGACCCCUUUCGUCACACCCUGGAACCCAGUGCAGGAAUCACAAUAGGAAAAUAUUCUCAGCAACAGUUUCGUCUCCAGCAGUCGUUCCUGGAGCAGGGCAAGUCCAUUGUGUCCAGGCAGAUGGAGAUGAGUUCAAGUGCAUUUAAGAGACACAGCUAUGCUGAAGGAACUCAGGAAAACUACUCAUCUUCCCGACAAUACAUGAAGCACAGAGUAAUGAACAAUCUGGAAGAAACUGAUUUUCAAAGAGAGCAAAUAUCAAGUAGCCAUUACUACACUGAAGGUCCUGGUCCGGGUUCUGGCCAUGGGCAUUAUGACCGACUUCGAGGCCGUCUCCCUCACCUUGCCAUUGACCAGUAUUCAGAAUCAAGUUAUCAAUCUGAUCAGGAGCCCCCACCUGGAAGUAGGGACUACUUCUCAUCAGAGGACCUGAGGGGACAUGAGGAGCUCCAUGGUCCUCCUGUAGCUGGGAGGUAUGGAGGAGGAUCCACUGGCCGGAGACCAACCAUAGGCCAACCAUAUGCAUGUCAGAGCUCGCCGACACAUUUGCAUCCACCCGAGAAGUUUGGAAAGCAGUCUGAUGAAGAGCACAGCCAAGAUCCAAGUGUGAAGCAAGGCAUGAGGAGUUGGAGAAUCCAUUCGUACUUGAGCACCUAUGAGGAUGGCGGAGAGGAAGGCUUGCCUCAGCCAAUGGGUCACGACGCGUUUGAUGAGCCCAUGCCUCCUGAGCAACCGAGUGCAUCAGACAGUUUAGCUCAAAGAUUUGCAGUAAAGGAUCCGCCAACUGUUCCCCCCAAGCCCAGACCUGAUAUAAUAAGACCCCGCUUUGGAAAACCAAAUAUGCCUGAAAGUAAAAAUAAAGACUCUGCACCAGCAACAACCAGUGAUCUGGUUACCUCUUUCAGUGAUUUUAGGUCUUCUGUUUUGGAAAGAAGAGACAGAGAGCCAGAGAAGGAAAGGGAGUCAGAAAGGAUGUCAGUCAGGGAGGGUGUAGAAGAUUCGGAGAGUAAGGAAACCCCAGAUCUUUUUUUGUCCAGGCACGAAUCGUUCCGCUCACGAGUGAACCCUCUCCUCCAGCGUAGCUCUCGUCUGCGCUCCUCACUAAUAUUCUCAUCUUCCAAAGCAGAGAUGCACAGUGGCAGCCUUGGUUUAAAACCAGCGACAGAAGAAGAUGACCCAUUAGAUCCGGGACGCACUUCAUCCCUUGUGGCCCAGAUUCUUGAAAAGAGAAGGUCUUGGUCUCGUGAGCCCCUUGACUGGCGAAAGAAAGCGGAAGAAAAAAAUAAUGAUAAAGGGAAAGAUGAGAAAGAGGAAAAGGAGAAAGAAAAAGAGAAGGAGGAACAGCAACAGAAAAAGGAACCAGAAAAUACCUAUCUGACCAAGAAAAAAGAAACCCCCCAUACUUCUGAAAAAGAAGAAAAGACAACAGUGAGAGUUGAAACAACUGAAUCCAAGCCCUCAGCUAUUGUAAGUGAUUUAUCUAGUAGACUACAGUAUUUCAAAGAUCUGGAGAACAAGCGAAAGGCUCCGAAAAUUGAGACAGAGGCUCAAAAAGCUUGGGAGCCAGCUGAAAAGAAGCCAGACCUCUCUGAGAAGGACACAGCCGAUACUACGGCACCUCCAAAAAACCCACCUAUAAACAUCACUUCAUCAGAAAAAGAACCCAAGAAGCCAGACAUUGCCGCAAAACUGGCAGAGCUUUCUCGAAGACCUUCAACAAGUUCAGUCAAGCCGUCAUUAAUAACUGCAAAGCCUUUUGGAAGUUCCCUGAAGCUUUCAGAGACAUUACAACCCCACAAAAAGGAGAAUGAGAUCGAGGGCCAAAGGAAAGAUGAAUCCAAGUCUGCAAAGCCUCCUCCAUCACCCAAGAUGAUCAAGAAGGAUCAGAUAAAGCUCAAGUCCCUGACUCUUCGUCGCAUAUCCUGUGGCGACGAUGGCCUGGGGAAAGAUGCAACAGAUGCUGAGAAGAGCGAAAUGAAAAAGAGCCGCUCUUACAGCUCUUCAACGUUAACGCAUGAAGAGUCUAAGGAAGGACUGCACAAGGUUAUGGGUUCUAAUACUUCAUUAAACACAAUUGGUAAGGGAAAGGGUGAAGAUAAGACGCUUGAAUUCCUGAAGAAACAGACUCAGAGGUUAAAGGGGCUCCUGGGGCCAAAGGAUAAAGAGAAGAAAGCCUCGAGCGAUGACAAGGGCAUGAGUACAGUCAUGGAGGUGUCGGACGAUUCCAGUAAAAAGCAAGGCUCCUCAGCUAAAAUCACGACAUCCACAACUGCUGAACAGCCCGCCACCAAUCAUAAAGAAUCAGCUGGGAAAUCGGGACCCUCGCGCUACCAGGCCCAGGGAAGCUCUGCUCUGUACAGCAGCAACCUGCGGGACGACACUAAAGUCAUUCUGGAGCAAAUCUCUGCUAACAGCCAGAAAAACCGCCCAGAGCGAGAAGAAACUGGAGGAGACAAAGAGAGUGGUGACACGGACAAAGGACAAGAGACAGAGAAGCCCUUUAGGAAGAAUCGAUUUCUGCGACAACCGGGGAACACCCAGGAGAGGGAGGGGCUUCUGAAGAGGAUAGAGAGUCUGAGGAAGGAGAAGAAGGUCUACAGCCGCUUUGAGAUGGGGAACAGCCUGGCAUAACUAAAGGUGGAGUUUCAACCAUUUAUGAGGGAGCUAUCGAUGCAAGCCGAUCAACUAACAGCCAUUGCCAACUUGUGCCAACAACAAUCACUCCUCAAAGAACUUCGGUGUGCACAAGCUGCAGCCUUUUCUGGAUUUACACACAAAGAAAUAAUAAAACUUGGAGAGAUGAUAUUGAAAAUGCUGAAAACAACCUGAAGUCACUGGGUUUGGAAUGUGCCUCUUCGCCAAGAACUGGUACCCCUCUUUUCCUUAUAUGGUGACUGAGAGACAAAAGUGACUACUAGCAUGCUGGCAGUGUUGGCUAAUGUUUCACAAAGCUUGUAUGAACGUGACUGGGGGACUCGAGGAUGAAAACAAACCGUCUGCACAUGCUGGAGCAGACAGAAAAAUAAAAACGCCAGUCCAAAAUACGCACAGCAGUAUUCUGCAGUAAGUGUAUGGUUCUUUUGUUUCUGGAGAUGUUUGUUUGCCUGGGACUAGUUUGCCGAUUAACAGGAGAAAGUGUCCUUAUGGUUUCACUGUAUGCCAAUUGCUCAUCGAGGCUCUUACCCAAGUUGGAGAUCUAAAACAAUGACGUAAUGCCAAUGAAAUAAAGUGCGUAGUACUGUUGAAAUAAAGAGAAUAAGGUGUGCAUAAAUAUGUUUGUUGAAGAUAAAAUUGCAUUAGCUAGAGUUUUUUUUUUUUUUUAUAUAAAACCCAAAGCUGUAAAAUUUAUCUUCGUUAAGAUGUGCACCCUUUCCACAGCUAAAGAUGUCAAAUAACAAUUCAGUGCAGGGCUUUUUCUGUUCACUACUGUAUGCUUGCUGGCUUUACUUCUAUGCAAAUCAAAUGUAAAUGAUUUACAGUUGCUCUGAGUCGCUGUGAAAAUAGUUUUGUUGGCAUGUUACCUAUUCUUCUCUGUGUUCUCAGUUUUCAGUGAGGCAUUACCUCUAAGAGAGAAACAAGGGAGAAAGGUCUGGGUGUAUUUAUUGCACAGUUCUGGAGCAAAGCCAUGCCACCUUGCAAAACUCGCUUCACUUUUAAAGCCUACGCCCUAAGCAGGACUCCUGGCUAUUUUGUUGGCCUGACCACAAUAAAAAAAAAAAAAAACUAGGUGAUUGCUUAUAACCUAAAGAGGGAAAUAAAAUAUUUGGUGGAGUUCGUCUGAAUAAAGGAUUUACUCCAAAACGGACGGUUUAAAGUUUACGUGUUUGUGAUUCACCAUUCUGCUGUAUAUAUUUAUAUAUAAAAAAAACUUUUUCAUGUUUUCCAUAUUCAUGCACUGUAAAAGUGAUUUAAUGGUGUUUAUUUUUUAAACAUGAGUAUGGAUUCGCUCUUGUUAAAUAUUGCUGACGUUAAUGAGGGUGAUUCAGUUGCACAGGGUUAUUGUGCUCUUAAAAGUGGAAAAGUAUCACACUGUUUUCAAUUUCUGAAAAAAAAAGUAUUUAAUUAAAUGCUUAAAAAA